GACAACUUCAAUUUGCUUUUAUCGGAUGAAGAUCACUUCGGCGCCGCUGUGUACCUCUCACUUGCUUUCAAAAAGAAAAAAAACAGAAGGGGCUACGCUGCAGUGGGAAGAGAUUUCGGGAGGUCUCGUGUUCCUCCUCUGGGGCUCACUCCACAAGUUCCCCUUCCUUCUCAGCCUUCUCUCGGACGCAUUAAGCCAUUCGAAGGGGCACCUACAUUCUCCCAGCAUCUCGAAACACAUUGGCAAAUGGAGCAAACCUAUGGAGAGGUGAACCAGUUAGGUGGCGUGUUCGUCAAUGGACGACCCCUGCCCAACGCCAUACGGUUGAGAAUCGUGGAGCUGGCUCAGCUCGGGAUCAGGCCCUGCGACAUCAGCAGGCAGCUCCGAGUCUCGCACGGCUGCGUGAGCAAGAUUUUGGCGAGAUACAACGAGACGGGCUCCAUCUUACCCGGUGCCAUCGGCGGGAGCAAACCGCGCGUCACGACGCCUAACGUGGUGAAGAAUAUCAGGGAAUACAAACAAAACGACCCCGGGAUCUUUGCGUGGGAGAUCCGGGACAGGCUUUUGGCAGACGGAGUUUGUGACAAGUACAAUGUCCCGUCGGUGAGUUCGAUCAGCAGGAUUUUACGCAACAAAAUUGGGAAUCUCUCGCAGCCCAACCAGUACGAGGGCGGCAAGCAAGCGUCCUCGCAGGCCGGCCUCUCCUACAACCACAUAUACCCUUAUUCCUACCCCAACACCAUGUCGCCAAAGAUGAGCAGCCCUCCAGGAGUACCGGUGACGGCCGGGCAUAUGAGCUUAUCCAGGGCCUGGCCUUCUGCGCACACCGUCAGCAACAUCCUCGGCAUACGAGCCUUCAUGGAUCCUUCAGCCAUUGCUGGGACGGAGGGAUAUCCACCAAAAAUGGAGGAGUGGAGUAGCGUCAACAGAGCAGCUUUCCCAGCGGCUCACACGGUCAACGGGAUCGACAAGUCAGCCAUUGACGCCGACAUAAAAUACGCUCAGCCUUCCUCCACGUUGUCCGGCUAUGUCUCGGCGUGUGCUUACUCUCCCACCAACCAGUACGGUGUGUACAGCGGGUCGGCGGGCGGCUAUGUGGCCGCCGGACACCACCACUGGCAGCCGCAGAGCCAGGCCCUGUCCCACUCGGGCGGCGGGAUGGGCAUGCAUGCGGGGGAGAUCCACUCAUCGAUGGCCUUCAAGCACCACCAGACCCGAGAAGGAGACAGAAAACCGCCCAGUCCGCUGAGCAAGCAGCAGCAGCAGCAGCAGCAGCAGCAACAUGAAGACUUGAACAGUGUGCAUGGACUCAGUCUCCCUACCUCAUCAUCAUAACCGGGACUUACACCACCUUAAUUACCAGACCCUUUUAAAUGAACUCAUUUCAACAAUCUCCAACAGUAAGUCUGAACUCUAUACCCCCCACCCCCACCCCUGGGUGCUGUAACUCACAGUCAAACACAGGCCUAUUCACAUGCAUUAUGAAUACAGUAUACUGUGGCUUUAUCGGCCAUCGUGGCCUUAUGAAUGUAAGCUUGCAUGGAUGUAUCGGUGUCUCCCCUCAUUGGUUGAUAGUUUUUUCUCCCUCCAUUGAAAUACUUCAUGAUUUUAGACUCUAUAUUCUCUUAUGGAGAUAAAAAAAAAAACAUACACUUCUCGCCCUUUCAGCCUGUCAUCGAUGUUUUAUUACAAAACCAAGGGCUGUUCUGUAACCCGCCAUUAUAUUUCACAUGUGGCCAUGAUCUCGAUCCUACAGUGACUCAACGAUGUGAACAAAGAACUAAAUUGUGUAAAUGUAAAAUAUUUGC